AGCGGCGCUCGGCAAAUGGCGGAGGCGCUGCGGCGGGUGCUGAACGCCGGGCGCGGGGAGGACGGCGGCGCCGGGCCGCCACUGCUGCUGCUGGGCGCCCCGCGCUCCGCGCAGACGUCGCUGCUGUUCGCGGCCGCUCUCGAGGCGGCAGGGGAAGGCCGCGGGCCCGUGCUCUUCCUGACACGAAGGCCGCUCCAGAGCCUGCCGCUCAGCACACCCGCGGCGCGGGACCACUGGCGGCUCCAGAAGGUUCGAUUCCAGUACCCGUCCUCACUUCAAGAGCUGCUCCAGCUGCUAGCCUCUGCCCACGAGGCCCCAGGGCCCUCUCCGUCCCUUGUGCUGCUGGAUGGUCUGGAAGAGUACCUAACGGAAGGUCCGGGUGUCCAGGAAGUCGCCUACCUGGCUGCAUUGCUUCUAGACACUGCCGCGUACUUCAGCCACCGUCUUGGGGCCAGUGGCGGCUGCGGGCUGGUGGUGGCCCUUGAGACCCAAAGAGAAGCAGACGGUGACGCCCCUCCUCUGACAUUACUUCAGCGGUAUUUUCCUGCACAGUGCUGGCUGCAGCCUGAUGCCCUAGGUUCCGGACAGCACCGCUGCCUUCGGGCCAGCCUGGAUUUGGACAAGCUGAGCCCCAGGACAGAGUGGUCAGUGACCUUCUUACCCGGCGGAGAGAUGAAGAUCGCUCCAUUGCCAGCGCAAGCGUCUAAGCCCAGCUUGGAUAUGAAGGGCCCGACCACUGAUGGGUGACAAUCCCUUGGAUGGAAUACAUCCUUCAGAGACAGGUGCAGACUCAGAGACCUGAAAGAUGUAGGUUUUCUGGUUAUCAGCUAGCAUCGGCAGGGGCUGGUAAGAUGGCUGACGCAGUAGGUGAGGGGCAUUGACGACAAGCAUGAUGACCUCACCUUGAUUCCUGGGACCAACGUGGUAGAGAGUUGGAACUGAUUGCUUCAAGUUGCCUUCUGACUUCCACAUUUGGGUAGAAGCAUAUGCCCUCCACACUAAUAAGUAAAUAAAUAAUAAAACUUUAAAC